AUAUGUUUAACAUGAAUAAGGGAAGCCUAGUUCACUAUCAAUUUUAAGAGUUUUUUUUGUGAGCAAUGUCGUUGAAACUGUCUCAGGAUCAUUUUGCUUUUUAAUAUAUACAUGAUAAUCGUAUUUUACUUGGAUUAAACUGCAUAGAUAUUCAGAAAUAAAUUUGGUUGAUGGCUACUUUAACAUUGAAAACAUUUACGACUGUUCAUUAUCAACUUGCAACUGAGUGAAAACAACAACAAAAACUUUACAUCAACAAUCCCACUUAGUGACAGCCAAUUGGUCAUUUUCUUUUUUAAUUAAAAAUAUCUUGUAAUCUGUUUCUGUUCACUGAAUCCCCAAAAUGAAAAAAAUAUUAAUUUUGCAGGCCCUCUUUAAUCUAGCCUGUUAUGGACAGCUUUGUGAAGUGCAUUCUACUGUCCUACCCCUUAGCAUUGGUUUGUCAGGACAUACAGGAGCUGGCCAGGCACUUUGGUGUAGAUAUAGAGCAGUGCAGCAGCCACUGGCACCAGGUACGUGCCAGUCUAGAAGGGACUGAUCAGUCAGCCGACCAGACCAUGACCUGGAUUACUGGCAACCUUUCUACCAGUCAUCCAGCUCUUUACAGAAUUGUUGCUGUGGGUCUCCUCCUCCCAACCUCUACUGCAGAUUGUGAGCAAGGAUUUAGCUGCCUGAAGAGAGUUAAGACUGAAAACAGGAAUUGUCUCUCUGUUAAUGUUCUUAACUAUCUUCUUGUCGUCUCCCUUCAAGGACCCCCAUUAGAAUCUUUCAACUUUGAGAAGGCAGUCAAGGCAUUGAAGGACAACAAACCUAGAAGACAGGCCCACUUUUAAUGAUGUUAAUGAAGAAAAAACAACUGAAAUAUACUCAUUUAAAUGGGA